AUGCGUUUCUCCUUCCUCCUCCCCCUCGCCAUCGCCCCUCUGGCCCUGGCCGCCCCCGAACCCGCUCCAGUCCCCAAUCCCGUCGCCGCACCCGCUCCAGACAGCACCGGCUUGCUAUCAGAGCUCCCGACCAUUCUCAGCGGUGUCCAGUCCCUGCUGAGCCAGGAUACCAUCUCCAAGCUGGAGACCAUCAUUGACGGGGCGGCCAAGCUGUUGUCCUCGGAUAACAUUGUUGUCUUGCAGGAUAUCCUGGGUAAUGCACACACGCUCUUGACGAAGGAGUUUGUGGAUAACACGACCACUUUGAUUGGAGAUGCUACGCCGCUUGUGGAGGAUGUUUCCAAGUUGCUGGGUGGUGUGCUGGGCUCACUAUAA